UUUAGGAUUCAAUCUUCUGUUCCACUUUGUUGUUAAUGAUAAGGACGGUUAAGCUAGGUCAAGUCGAUGAAACUAUCUAUGCAUGUCCCGCCUACAAAACGAGUAUCAUCCACCUAAAAUAAGUCAAACAGAUCAGACAAAAUGAAUAAGAUUGAAAUUCUUUCUUACCUUUUGUUCCCUUUUCUAUAUCUCUAUUUCCAACAUGUUCAUUACUAUAUGUCCUAUGACUUUGACUGGCGGAUGCUUGCUUCGGCUACUGAAGCAUCACAAUGCAUGGGUCGAUUUAACACAUUCAUCCAUCUAGAAACUCGUAUACAAUUAACUUUCAUUCCUUUUCUUCCCUGACAUCGAUGCAAGCAAUUAACAUUCAGUUUCAUCUUACUUCACUUCACUUCCACUGCUUCUCUCCCCUGCCCUAAGAUCAUUUAUAAACCCCCUUCACAUACACAUAGGACUUCAAUCGUCUCUUGCUCAGCAUAAUGAAACGAAUGAAGGGCGAGUCCAAGGACAAAAAGAAAGUGGUGGACGGAAUUGGAGGAAAUCUGAGAGCUGAGGAGGAAGCCAGUAAGGAGCAGCGGCGGAGCUUGUGGGAGGAGAGGAUGAAGCUGAAUGCGAAAGAAUUGGAAUGGUUGAACAGGACCGAGCAUCUUUGGAGGAAGAUCCUGGAGUAUGAGGGGACUGAACUUCAAGUUUUCAAGGAUACCUUCCGCAAGUUGGAUGCUCUCCGGAAAUAAUCUGUACUAUCUUAGGGAUUUGAAGUAAUCGGUGAACCUAACCAUGUUAAAAUUCUCGGGGUUCAUUUUCCUGUCUUUACCUUUCUGUUCGUUGCUCUGUUUUGUUGUUGUUGUUGUUUUUCAUGGUAUUUGAAGCAAGAACAGAGAGACUUUAAAUUUCAGACCCUGCAAGUCAAUUCAAAAUUGUUGGACUGAAUGGCUUAACCUUUUUUUCACUUUAACCCCUUUUAUCUGAAGAGAAGGAAGACAGUGAACGACCAUAAAAGGAAACAAUUCCUCUUCUCAUCGUCUUCUUCCUCUCUACUCUGUUUCUCAACCUUCCCAUAUUCUAUACCCAAUUAAAAUUGUUUCUCGAUCGAAUUGCAGGUACAAAUAACAUCUUCAUCACUCAUUUCUCGCGGAUCGUCAACUUAACGUACUGGAAAUUUGUUUUAGCUCCAUGCCCAUAUAUCGUCAGAAAUCAAUAUAUCUAGGAACUAUCCUACUAUAUCGUGCAAAAUCAUCAUAGAAAGCUAAUAUUGUCAUUUCCAUAUUUAUCGUCAACUUAUCGCGUUUCGGUUUUAAGAACAUGAAACGUUUUGACUUUGGGUAAUUCAACCCUACAUUCCCAUACCGGUUCACACCCUCUGCCACAAGUCUAUGCAAAUUCUCCUUUAGGGCCAGAGUUGGGCCUGUCCCAACUGAGAAUCCAGCGUGAGGCCUGAAAGCUCAAGCUGGGGCUUUCUCAGUUGGGCCUUGUUGAUUCAAAGUUGUUUGCUAUGACUAUCGGUUUGGGCCUACCGAGGGGCAUCUCUCCUUCCCGUUUUCAUAAAUGAUUAAAAAUGAGUUAAGGGUUAAAUCGUUUUUUUUAACCUUUUUUUACCUCUACUUUUAGAAUCGAACGAAAAAUUGCGUCGUAAUCGUAUCCGAUAAAAUUAAUGAUUUAUG